AUGGGGCCCCAAUCGCUCGCCGGUGCAAACACGUUUGCUCGCCGUGGUACAGAACGUUCCUUGAACUCGCGGACCAGCAGCCAGCGAUCGGAGCACAGACGCGGUGGCUGUAAGAGGGAAUCAUCGCGUUUCUUCUCCGAGGAGUGGGAGAUGGAGCGGGUGGCGGAGGACCAGUAUGGCCGUGGCGGUGGAGACGGAGAGCAGGAGGAUGCGGCGGCGGACGCGCCGGAGCUGGAGCAGGAGGAGCUGAGUGACUCUGAGUCGGGGUCUGAAUCUAUCGAGAUCUCCGACCUCAAGAAGCGGAUGUGGAAGGACCAGAUGCUGCUCAUGAAGCUGGAGGGGCGCGCCGGUGGCGGAAGGGGUGUAGGCGCGGCGGCGGCGGCGGCAGGGAUGUCGUUGGAGGGUGACGGGCAGGAGGAGGAGACGCCCGAGGUGCGGUGCCGCCGCAAGGCGAUGCUCCGGGCGCAGGACGGCGUCCUCCGGCACAUGCUCAAGAUGAUGGAGGCGUGCAACGCGCGCGGGUUCGUGUACGGCGUCAUCGACGAGGCCGGCGAGCCCAUGUCCGGGUCCUCCGACAGCCUCCGCGGGUGGUGGAAGGACAACGUCAGCUUCGACCGCGCCGGGCCGAUGGCGCUGAUCGGCCCCGCCGGCGACAGCCCCCAGGGCCAGGGCCUGGCCUCCUGCCUCCACCGGCUGCAGGACAUCCAGGACAGCACGCUGGGGUCGGUGCUCUCGGCGCUCAUCCAGCACUGCGAGCCGCCGCAGCGCAGCUUCCCGCUGGAGCGCGGGCUGGCGCCGCCGUGGUGGCCGACGGGGCAGGAGCCGUGGUGGGGCUCCCAGGGCGAGAUGCAGGCGCACCAGGGCGCGCCGCCGUACCGGAAGCCGCACGACCUCAAGAAGGCGUGGAAGAUCUCCCUGCUCAGCGCCGUGAUCAAGCACAUGAGCCCGCGGUACGACCAGAUGCGCAAGCUCGUGUGGCAGUCCAAGCGGCUGCAGCAGAAGAUGAGCGUCAAGGAGUCCGACACGUGGUCCAAGGUUCUCCGGCAGGAGGAGGCGCUCAACCGCCGGCUCAAGAGCUCUCUCCAGAUCACCCCGCUCGACGGCGACGAGGACGACGACGACGAAAAGGAUAACGACGGCCUGGAGGACGUGGUCCGCGGCGCGCAGGACAAGCGCAAGCGCGAGUACACCAGAAGCGACAGCGGCAGCAGCAGCAGCAGCAGCUCCGGCGGGAAGUUCCCCCGGCCGAGCGGCGGCGGCGGCGGCGGCGGGGAGCUUGAGCUUCAGCUGCCCAUCAUCCUCCCCGAGCUCGCGGCCGACGAAGGGCGUAGCCCGAUCAACGAGCUGAUGAAGCUGUACUACAGCUGCCUGGAGGGGGCCGGCGGCGCGGAGGGCGACCUGGCCGCCCUGGUCCCGCUCCCGCCGGAGGUGCUGGUCGGCGUCGAUGAGGUGGCGCAGGACGUCCUGUUCGAUAUUAUUGGGAGCUGUCCGGAAGUGGACGACGUGUCGCGGCUGAUGGACGACUGACGUGGCGCUAUCGCGCGGGAUUGUCCGGGCUGGGCGGGAGGGAUAAUGCUUUUAUACUAGUAGUAGUUGGUUUGUUGCUUAAUUUAAUUGCUAGCCACACUACUCGUCUUCUUCUCUUGGGUUUUGGUGGAGAAAGUGGAUACGAGUUUGUAUGAUGGGGCAUUAUUUGUUUAUAGGUUUAGGGGCUUGAUAGGGGUCACAUGGUUAUUAGAGAAGAUGGUCCCAUGAGAUCGAGACGUUUUAUGCAUCAA